AUAAAAUUGUCUGGACGCAUGAAACAUCUAUGAAUUUGUCACCGGAAUGUUUCGCCCAGUGCCUGGUUGUUGGUACAGCUUGACAACAUGACCCUAUCACCAUUCCUUUGAAGUCUUUACAAUGUUUGUCCAGUUGCUUAGCGCAUAGUGCUCCUUCAUAAACGUUUUAGACACUGAACAACCACGAGGGCGGUCACGCCAACACCGAUAUUGCUUUUCUCUCUCCCUCCCUCACACACACUCUCCUUCUACUGGAGUGAGUUUACUCCACAUGCCGUGUGAGUCUCCGGAAAGAUAGAUAUGGGGCUAUUAUACCCAGUUUUCUGUUAAAUUGUGAGUUUUGUUGAUUUGUAAAAUAUAUGGUGAACAGUGAAACUCCUAAAGCGCGAAUUUUCUUCGCUUUGAGUGCUAACUGCCGAAUAAAUGUCCAGUGCUGGGGAAGGGCUUUUAGUUGGACAAUGCAUUAAUCUGUAUUUUGACGGUUUCUCAACAGCGCGAAACAAAUUGCUACCGGUACCCAGGUGGGUUACGCACAAAACGAAUGGCGACAUUUCAACGAGAUGUAGCCAACGUUUUUCUUCAGGAACUGAAAUGCAGUUAUGGAAUUAGUUGAUGGAUGGAUGACAUACAUAUUUAAUAUGAAUAGAACUUCCUUCAACCGUCGGACGGUGGUUGGAGAUGGCAAGGAUGCACAACUGCCAAAAAUACUUACUUCUUCGCCAGGACAUUUACGUGGACGCGUCGCUGUGUUCGGAGUUGUGAUUUUGGUUUUCCUAUGUACAUUUCCACUGCAAGCUUUAAGUGCAAGCCUCGCAAACUCCAAAGUGGAACACCCAGGAGUUUGUCCUAACAAGCUGAAUGCCAACCUCUGGGUUGACGCACAAAGCACCUGCGAACGGGAAUGUGAAGUUGACGAGGACUGUGCCGGCUUUGAGAAGUGCUGCACCAACGUGUGUGGCCUCUUCAGCUGUGUGGCGGCCCGCUUCUCCGACGGCACCCCUGCCACGCCAGACGGCCAGGGCGAAGGAGACGAGGGCCCCGUCGCUACAUGCCACGGCUUCGUCUGUAGUCAGCAGGGGGCUACCUGCGACAUAUGGGAAGGCCAGCCUGUCUGCAAGUGCCAGGACCGCUGUGAGAAGGAGCCAAACUUUACCUGCGCCUCCGAUGGCCUCACAUACUUCAACAGGUGUUACAUGGACGCUGAGGCGUGCGUGCGUGGCGUGACGCUAACCGUGGUGACCUGUCGGUUUCAUUUAUCCGGGCCUCACACGAGUCCGCUGCCUUGGGACAUGACAGCCACCCCGACGCCUACGUCCUCCACGGACAACCACAUGCCCCCGACGCUUUUCUCCAACCCCGGCCACCAGUCGGUGUACGUGGGAGGCACGGUGAACUUCCACUGCGACGUGAUGGGCGCCCCGCGGCCCGACGUGACCUGGGAGAAGCAGAGCGGGCGACGCGAGAGCCUGGUCAUGCGGCCCGAUCGCAUGUACGGCAACGUGGUCAUCACCAACAUCGGGCAGCUGGUCGUCUACAACGCCCAGGUCUGGGACACGGGCGUCUACACCUGCGUGGCACGGAACGUCGGCGGGAUCCUCCGGGCGGACUACCCUCUCUCUGUCAUCAGGCGCGCGGAGGACGACAUCUUCUCGGACGACCCGGAGGCGGCUGGCAUGGCCAUGGGGCGGCCUUUUUCCCCCGCCGACUGCCUGGUGGAGACGGACCGGCGGGAAUGCUCGGCCGAGCGGCACGUGGACUGGUACUACGACGCCAAGCAAGGAACUUGCCUGGCCUUCUCCAACGGCGGCUGUGAGGACAGCCGCAACCGCUUCCUGACCUACGAGGAGUGCCGUGCGUCAUGCCAGAGGGAGGGGACGGGGGUCUGCUCAUUGCCCCCGGUCCAGGGACCCUGCAAGAGAUGGGAGGCGAGAUGGGCAUGGAACUCCCUCAUGAAACAAUGCCAGGCCUUCGCCUACGGCGGUUGCCAGGGAAACGGCAACAGCUUCCGCUCCAAAACGGAAUGCGAGGCCAACUGCCCGCAGUCCAAGCGCCGGGCCUGCAAAGCGUGCCGUGUCAAGGGGAAGAUCGUCCCAAGCUUGUGCCGCAGUGAUUUCGCCAUCGUCGGUCGCUUGACGGAACUGAUUGAAGACCUUGACUCGGGCAUCGCCCGAUUUAGCCUUGAAGAAAUCCUCCGCGAUGAGAAGAUGGGAUUGGCGUUCUUUAACACCGGACACCUGGAGGUGACCCUGGCCAAGAUGGACUGGAGCUGCCCCUGCCCCAACAUCACCGUGGAGGAGGGAGCUCUGCUGGUCAUGGGUGAGGUGAAGGACGGCAUGGCAGUGAUACAGCCCGACAGCUACGUCAGACCCAUCUCUGAUAAGAGGCUGAAGAGGAUCCACGAGGUGCUGGAGAAGAGGACCUGUGAGAUGCUGCAGAGGUUUCAGGACUAGGGCUAGCUGGGAAUAUUUUGUUUCAGGACAAGCUGGGAGCAUUUCUAUUGCAGUAAAUGCGGUUAGGAUGAGUCAAGAUGCCAAAAGGUGUCUUGUUGGUUCUGAGAAACAUUUUAUGGCAUGCGCAUAGAGUGCCUUUGGAAAGUAUUCAAGUCCCUUCCCUUUCUCCAGAUUUUCUUGUGUUAUACACUGAAUUUAUAAUUCCCCCCCCACAUGUAUCUACACAGUACGCCAUAAUGACAAAGCCAAAACAUGUUUUUUUAGAAACGUGUACAAAUUUAUUGAAAAUAAAAAACAGAAUUAUCUCAGGUACAUAGGUUUUCAGACCCUUAAGGCAGUUCUUUAUAGGGUUAGGGGUUAGGGUUAGGCCUUUGGGAGCGAUCACAGCUGCAGGUCUUUUCCACAAUGUCUCUAUCAGCAUUGCAUACCUAGAUUUGGGCACUUUCUCACAAAUGUUAUUUUACCUUUAUUUACCUGGGUUUCUUUCACAGCUGAGCCAUGUACUGCAAGAAUCGAAACACAUACUCAUGUACAUAUGAAGUACAGACAUUAAGAAAAACAAGCACAAUGAACAAUCAAAUGUUUGUUAAUCAGACACUUUAAUUGCGUCAUAGGCACUAAAACAUAAAGCAAAGCACUGCAUGUGUGUGUGUGCGGCAUGAUAUUCAAAAGCAAUUUUACCGUUUGGUUCUUGGUACCUCCAGGACUAACCAGUAUUGAUAGUGUGUUUGCUAACUGUUAUUCCAACUGAUUUAGAAUAAUUUAGCUAAUCAGGUAGUUUCAGCAUCACAGCCUUAUAUAAAAACAUCAGACAAUAUCUGUCCCUUCUUGAGGUCAGACUGGCCGAGCCAACUGAAUCAUAGAAAAGAGAAUGUGUGGGAAAAUGCAAGACUGAGUGACAGACUAGUGUCCAGUGAUUUCAGUCCAGAAGCUGUUGCACACACAUAACCGUAAUCUCACACGGACAUGAAAGCUGCUUCCCACGACAGACAUUUGUUUCUGUUAAAGAAACAAACUUUAAUAUUCAUCUUCUUCACCAACUCAGAACUGUGUUCUAAAAGACAGACAAACCAAAUCUUAAUGUAUUUGUAGGGAAGUACUUAUUCUAUAACAGAAAUGUUUACUGUAGUAAUUUCAAAUAGAUUUUGCAAACUACAUAGAAAAUAGCACUUAUAAUAUAGUUUUAUCAUUUAGCACUAACCUAAGAUCGUAAAUUAAUGUUCUUAUAGUUGAAAUUAGAACUGCAGACUGCAGGUGUGCGACAGCUUGCGCCAGAGAUCAUUAAUGUAUAGAGUGAACAAUAAAGGACCCUAAACAUUAAAGCAACCUGAAAAUCCUCCCAAGCUCCAUCAGACUGGAUCAGGGGUGAAUUUCGAUCUUCAGGUCAAAAUCCAUAGACGUUCGAAUGGGGUUCCUUAAGUGUGGAUUUUGGCCCGGGAACUCAAGGACAUUCACAGACUUCCGAUGCACUCUGAAUCGUGUUUUCUUCAAGGACCUCAAUGUGUUUGGCUGGGUUCAUAAUUUUUUUAUCCUGACCAGUCUUCCAGCCCUCCAGCUGCAAAGGGAUGGUAUUAGCCAGGUGAUGAGUAGUACCUUGUUUUCACCCAAUACAGUGCUUCCUUUCAGGACU